AUGCUUCCUACACUUUCUACUCCAUCAUACAUCAUGAACCUUGAAAUUUGCAACUGUUUAAGCACAAGAAACAACAGCACUUUCUCAAGUUAUGCGAGAAUCUGCAAUGACUUACGUAUCAAGGAAUAUGUCCCUAGAUCAAUGAAGAUUACAAAGUUGAAAACACUGUGGAGGAAGAUCAAGAGAGAAAAGAAGAGGAAAAACUUUAGAUCCUCCUCACAUGUGUUUUUAUAUGAUCCUAGCUCCUACUUACAAAACUUUGAUGAUGGAUAUUCCACUGAUCCUGAAUAUGUUUCAAGAUCAUUCUCAGCUAGAUUUGCAGCACCCUCCAAGAUUAAUGUUAUUGAAGUGCUGGAUGAUGAAGAUAGAUUCGAGAUAAACGAUGAAAGCUUGCUAGGAACAUGA